AUGGCAGCAUGGGUAGAAAGAAAACAAAGCCUCGUUUACGGAAGCGACGAUUGGCUGCCGAGGAAGCUGGUGCUGGUGCGAGCCGGUGGUACCUGCCCUGCACCCUUUCAGCGUCCCACUAAAAAGCAGAAAGCUUCAGUUGCAGCAACAGCAUCAUCCUCAACGAGAGCUCUUAACUUCACACUUCACAUCACAUCACAUCACGGCAUCAAAUCGCAAUCGCCAUCGCCAAUGGCCUCCACUACGCCUCAAUCAGCACUCUCCUUCCCGCGCGAAACCUUUGCAAAACUCUCUCCUCAUCCCUACCUCCGCGCACAUCUCCAACCAACUUCCGCGACCGCAACACCCACACGCGCAAACGGCAGAUCCCCGUCCCAAUUCCGAACCCCCCACAUCAACAAUGGCUCUCUCACACACGCCGAUGGCAGUGCGGUAGUACGAAUAGGCGACACGACAGUAGUCUGCGGUAUCCGAGGCGAGAUACUGCUCACAAGCAAGGUACCUGGCUGGCGCGCGGACAAGGCAGCCGCAGAACCAUCGUCAGGCGCGGGGUACAAUGAGAUAAAAGAGUUGGAUCUACUCGUCCCGAAUAUCGAGCUGGCGACGGGAUGUUCGCCUGCCUUCAUGCCUGUUAUACCACCUAGUACAUUGGCCCAGGACUUGAGCACUAAGAUCUACUCGUUGUUACAUUCAACCAAUCUGUUAGACAGAGAGGAUCUGAGGAUUUGGUAUCAACCACCCGACCUGAGCGACCCCGAUAGAAUGGACGACGAUUCCGAGGAUGAUGAGGAAACCUCGGCUUCGGAAAUAAAGGCUUUCUGGGCGCUAUAUAUCGACAUUUUAUUCAUUUCUCUGGACGGCAAUCCUUUCGAUGCUGCGUGGGCGGCGGUCAUGUCGGCGUUAAAGAAUGUGCGGUUACCAAAGGCGUAUUGGGAUCCGGAUCGAGAGAUGAUAUUGUGCGAUGAUUCGGUCGACAAGUCGAAGAAAUUGUCGUUGAAUGGGCUGCCUGUUGCAAUCACAGCAUUGGUGUUCAAAGCAAAGGAGCAAGCGCAGUCAAAAGACAAGAAAUAUUGGAUUUUGGUCGACCCCGAUACAUUUGAGGAGUCUCUGUGCGAUGAAAGUGUUACUGUGGUGGUGGAUUGUUCGGAAAAGAAGACCAGGAUCCUAAGUAUAACCAAAUCUGGGGGAACCAUUGUAGGAAGGGAAGAGAUGAAGGAUAUUGUAAAGUUGGCUGAACAGCGGUCGACGGAACUCAGUAGUAUACUCAAUGGAUGA